AUGUUCUUCGACGUCGAGUUCGGGGGCGUGGCGACGGCGCUCUACGAGAACGAGAGCGAGGUGCCCGAGUACGACCAGGACCUGAGCGAGCCCGUGGUCUGGCUGCGGCCCCAGGAGCUCGCGCACUCGCCGGAGUACUUCGUCGACGGCGCGCUGUCCGGGUCCGUCGUCGAGGGGCGGCUCGGCGACGGCUGGCUCCUCGGGGCCAUGGCGGCCAUCAGCGGCCACCCGGAGCUGCUCGUCGAGAACCUCUUCGGCAGCGACCCCGACGACUUCAAGAAGUGGGGCGUCUACACCUGCCGCUUCUACAAGAACGGGAGCUGGGUCGAGGUGACGACGGACACGCGCGCGCCGGCGACGUCCGGCUUCGGCGACGGCGGCGCCCACGGCUCGCCGGAGCCCAUCUACGGCCGCUGCCUCGACCCGCGGGAGCAGUGGGUGUCGCUGUUGGAGAAGGCCUACGCGAAGCUCCACGGCUCCUACGAGGCGCUGAGCGGCGGCAGCGUGACGGAGGCGCUC